CAGAAACGAUCAUGUCUACCAGAAAGCGUGACGAUUACUUUGACCUAGAGGAGAGCGAUGGAGGUGAUAGCACGGGAGAGAAGGACGACAGCCGCGGAAGAUCGGACUUCGUAAGACAAACGAAGCGACGGAAGGUUGCCGAUACCUGGGACCACUCUGGAAGCGAAGACGAAAGCGAAGAUGAAGUCGAGGAGGAAGAUGUCCAAGUUACGGCCACGAGCGACGAUAUAAUACAUUACCCCGCUGAAGAGGAGCUGCCUGCAUCCCUUCAAGACUCGUCCUCGAAGACGAAAGAACGACGGCGGAAGUCGAAACAACUUUCUGAGACGAGCAUUGCCGCCUCCCAGCAAGCUGCUUCAAAGACCGGUGUCGUCUAUGUCUCAAGAAUACCUCCUUUCAUGACCCCUCAAAUGCUGCGUCAGCGUCUCAGCGUACAUGGUACUCUUGGUCGCAUUUUCCUGACUCCCGAGUCAACCGAUGUUCGCGCGCGGAAGAAGAAAGCCGGUGGGAGUGGUCGACAAUCGUUCUCCGACGGCUGGGUGGAAUUCCUCAAGAAAUCGGACGCCAAGCUAGUCGCGGAACUGCUCAACACCAAGAUCAUGGGCGGGAAGAAGCGAGGGUUCUACCACGACGACGUGUGGAACAUCAAAUACCUGAAGGGAUUCAAAUGGCAUCAUCUCACCGAGCAGAUCGCGAACGAAAAUGCGGAACGAGCAGCGAGAAUGCGGGCGGAGAUUGCGAGAACGACGAAGGAGAAUAAGCUGUUUUUGCAGAAUAUCGAGACGGCGAAGAUGCUGGAGGGCAUGGCGGCGAAGUCCAAGGGGAAGGAGGCGAAAUCAAAGGGCAAAUCAAAGACUCUUGUUGAGGAUGGGGCAACCGAGGCUAUAGAACCUCCAAAGGCGUCGAAAAGGGGAUCGCUUGUGCGAGAGUUCAAGCAAAACAGGUCUAAGAUAAAAGGGAAUGCGGACGCGGCAUCCGGCAGUCAACCUGAGGUCACGAGGGUUUUGAGUAAGAUAUUCUAGUUUGAUAUUCUGACGAUCAAUUCAUCAGGCAUGAUCCAAUCUAAAUCUUCGACAUGCAGUGAACAUAAUUUUGUGUUUGCGAUGGUGACCUUGUACCGGGACAGGCUCUCCAAUUUCAGUUCCUAAGAACAUUCGUUUGAAGAAUUUAUAUCAGGACUCUCCGGUGCUUCCCUCGAGUCCCCUUGUAUGCCUUCGUAAUUCUAUAUCGACACGGUGUCAUGAAUCCUAUCCAUCACCGCACAACAGCUCCUUUCAAGGUAGUAACUUUGCACACCCCUUUUCCGCAUGU